CAAACUACUCUCAUACCCUGUUAUGUUAAAUUGUUUAGUAAAUAAAUUAUAGAAAAAAUCAAAACAAACAUAAUGAUCAUUUUUGUUAAUAAGUUAGAAUGUAAUUCGUAAGUUUUAAACAUUCCUCACAGGACUAAGUCACAUAAGAUCUUAAAGAUAUGGAUAAUUUACAUCCAACAGUGAGUUUACCUCAUAUCGUUCAGGUUUAUCAGCCCGCUGUUCAGCCACCACUCUCAAACCAGGACUCUAUAAACGACUCGUUAAACUUUCAAAAUGUUCUUCAGAGUCAAACAGUUAUGUCUUGUCACCAAAUUCACUUGCAGAAUGUUCAACAGACUAUGCAUGCUUCAAUACCAGGGCCACAAAAUGAGUGUCAACCUCUGCAUAUUACAUCCCAUGUAAUUCUACCACAAGUGCCAUUAAUUAAACACUCUUUAAAUGGAAGUGUACAUCAGCAGUAUUAUAGUCAGUAUAAUACAGUAUCUAAAGAAACAAAACCAGAGCCCAAUCUUCCUAUUAUUGUUAAAAAUGAGGAUUUGGUAAAAUCUGAAGUGAGAAAUAAAAUUAAUAAGGAGAAUUUAACGAGGAGGCGUAGAAUACUUCGUGUGCCAGACCCUAGCCAGUGGCAAAACAAUAUUCGUAAAAAAAAAUGUCAACAAGGUGAAGCCUAUAUUAGUCGGAGAGGCAAGCUUGUACCAGAAAAGCAAAUUCGUAACAAAAAAGACUGCUUAAAUUCUUGCCGUUUCAAGUGCAUGGAGAAAAUCAAUGAUGAAGACAGACAACUUCUGUUCAAAUCAUUUUAUUCUCUAGAUACCAAUGAAAAAAAGUACUUCCUUCUUAAUACAACUGAGAGACACUUAAUUAAGACUAAAGAUAGGCCGUGUGAUGGCAAAAGAAACUAUACAUACAAAUAUUUCUUUUAUAUAAGAACAGAUAAGUUUGUUGUCUGUAAAAAUUUUUAUUUAGGAACAUUAGCAAUAUCUCAAAAACCAAUAUAUAAUGUGCAUUUAAAUAAAUCUGAGGUGAAUAUACCGAAAAGGGAUGGAAGAGGUUUAUCUAGUUGCCAUCCAUUACCAGAGAGAGAAAAAGAUAGAGUGAGAAAACAUAUAAUGUCCCUAGAAACAAUUGACUCUAAACCAAUAAACCCAUUUUCUUUAAAGCAGCAAUAUUUAGAUUCAAAUCUGACUGUUAAACAAAUGUAUAUAAUGUAUGUAACUGAAUGUGAAAAAAUUGGUGAAUCUCCAUUAAAAGAAUCUAUGUAUAGAAAAAUAUUUAAAAAUGAGUUUAACAUAUGUUUUAAGAAAGAGAAGGUGUGUGGUAAAUGUAAGGGUCCAAUAGUAUAGUAAAAAUAAAUGAUACUAUAAAUAGUCCAAUUAGUUUAAUAAUGUUUAUUGACAUAUGGGAUUUGAGAGGAAAACAUUAAAUUGUAUUUGAGGGUUACAGUAUGUUUAUCUGAGUUAGUAUUUACAUACAAAUCCUGAUACAAAUAUUUGUACUUAACAGUUUUGUCAACUGUUAAUUUUCACCUGCUAUUGAACAAUUACAAUUAAAUUUAUUUACUAUACAGUUCAAAUAAAUUUGUGACCUAAGACAAGGAU